AUGGAGGGUGGGGGUGAAGGUGGACAGGAGAGGGCGGCGGACUCCAAGGACCUUCAGCAGCAAAGCAAAGCCCUCGACAAGCUCACGGACAGGGUGGAGGACCGCCAGCUUGACUCUAUUCGAGUCCAGGAGGUCUGCUCAUACUCAUUCAUUCCAGUUCCAAAUUCGUGGCGAAGUUCUAGUGCCGGACUCGGUUCGCUCUUCGUUUUCUUUGCCUAAGACCUUCCUUUCUGUUACCUAUUUUCCAUCAUUGAUGUUUCGUUCCCAACUGAUAAAGGCUAUUUUUUUCUUUGGCGAUUAUCCUCUCCUUAAAUAAACCUGAUUGUCUCACUUUCCCCAUAACCCAUGAUUGAUAUAUUUAUAUACAUAUGUAUUCCUUCACUGUUCAUUAAUAGAAGGUUUUUAUCGAUCUGCUGAAGAGUCCAUAUUCUGUCCAAGAUCUUCAGCUUGUUUUGAUUCAUUUCAUGCUUAAAAUAUGCAGGCAAUGGCAUCUCUCGCUUCGUCUUCAGAAGCUGACAGGAAUGCGAUGAGACUGAGGUUGAGUUUCAUAGAAUCUGCUUCAAUUAUUUACUUUUUUUCUGGAGAUUUUAUUUGUAAUCAGCUGGCCAAUGGUUACCUUAUUUCUACAUUUUUAAUUGACCUGUGUAGGGCACUAUGGUUUCAAUUCUCACUUCUGAUUCCUCGUGUUACACUGUGGACUUCGCCAACUUCAUGCUUGUUCACUGCCCUCAUAUUCAUGACCAAUUAGCUGAUCAGAUCUCAAUCCGGGCCAUUGAUUUUUUUUUUCUUUUUAGAAUGCUUUAUUGGCAUGACCCAAUCAUCGUCACAUAGGCUGCAAGGCAUGUUAGGAGACAAUACUUGAUGUCUAGGUGGAAAAGCUUAACCCUUGAAUGGCAUUGUAGCCUAUUUUUUAGCACUGAGUACUAUGUCAGAAGCCUAUAUUCUACUGAGGUAAAUGGCCAUUCUUUGUUCUAUUUCCAUAUUUCUUAUGGAAUAUUGUAUAAAAAUAAGUUUUCACACUGUAUUUCAGAUUUUUCUUGACAUCUUGGAAUUUUAAGUUCAGGGAGUUGGCUUUAGCAUUGGCAGCCGUUCACCUUCAGUUUUUUUAAAAGAACAGUUAUAUUUUAAAAAAAAACUGUUGGGUUGUUUGCAUAUUUCAAUAUUUGUGAAAAAGCAAGUGAGGAAAUAUCAUGUGGAUUGGAAAAUGUCCUGAUUCCUAUGCCAAUUAGUUUUCAUCUUCUUGUUGUGGUUAUUUUAUGUGCCAGAAAUUUUAUUUACUUCGUUGGGAUUAUGUCAAAAAAAUAACUUAGGAUUGAGAUAUAAUGUGUCAAUCGCCCCUGAAGGAUGUUCUAAGACAUGGAAAGCUAUCUGUGAAGAAAAUGGCAACGGAAAUCAUCACCACAAAUGGAUCACUGAAAAUAGCAUAAUGUCUAAUGGUAGCAUGAUCACUUCAUUCUUUGGGCCCCCACACACUAUCCAUAUUCACGUCAAGGAUCUCAUAAUCCAACAAUGUAGGGGAUGAUUUUACAUUUUUCAAGAAAUUAGCGUCACAGGAUUUUCCAUUAGGGCUUAAAUAUUGUAAUACCCAACGGACUGCCUCAUAUAUCAUCUGGAUGCCAUGAAGAAUAAUCAUGGCAAAGGCAAUGCGAAAGGUUUUCCAUAUAGAUUCACGAAGAGGAUUCAUUUAUUUCCUCAAUUCGCUCAUGUGAGUGAAUUUUCAUGAUUAUAUUUUGCUAAAUUAGCUUUCGGUAGAAUGAAUUAGCAUCAGCUAUAUAGCAGAUACUUGUGUGCAAGAAUGCUCAUCAGAUGCCAUCUUUUCUUGCCUAGGAGGCAGUAAUUCAGUGGCUCACUGCGUUGCUUGCCCCAGUUAGUUCGAUGAUUUUAGUUUUACUGGAUUGAAUAUUCCUCUCAUUCUUAUUCUCAUUCACCCUGAUGUAAAGUAAAGGGCCUGCUCAUCACAGUAUGUGGAAGAAAAUGGUAUCCUUAAAAAUACUGUACAAAAUAAGUGGUCAGUAGUGGAAGUCAACGCAUAAUUCUUGAGGGCUUCAUUACCACCUAGUCGAUUGCUUGUGGGAACUAACUGCGCUCAAACCAGUGGGAACCAUGGAAGAAGCUUUGGGGUUAGUAGGAACGCCAUGGCUUGUGAAGUCGACCAAUGAUGCAUCUCAGUCUUCUGAAAGUCAAUCCAGUCAUUCCUCCGAUAUGAUGGUCUCCAGUCCGUAAUCCUCAUGGGCUCAACCCAGCUGAUUUAAACAUAAAUCUUGCCUCGCUCAACUAGUUUCAACAGGUUCUUAUGCUCUGCCGAUCUAGCCGAGCUUCCAAGUGCCUAUAUAAAUAGUCCAUAAUCGCUCAAUUGUGGAUUGAUCACUUCACCUUUAAAACCUCAUCAAGUAGUGGGAGAAACGAGGUAGAAAUCGAUGUGGGUACAUAAAAAUAGGGUGUAAAAGUCUUGCUGAUGCCCUUUUUGUGCGUCUUAUGCGUUGAUAACCCUAGAAGAAAAUCUUGAUCACUUUGACUAUGAUAAUUUCUCAUUUCGAAAUAAGGAUUCUAUUAUUCUUAGUGUUAGUGAGAUAACAUAUAGGCAUUAGUAAAAAAACCCAGGGAUUUCUAGUCUAUUCUAUUCUAAGAUUUUUUUUUGAAUAAAAUUCAGGUAUAGGAUUAUUGUGGCUAUUGACUCAAUACGAAUAUGUAAAAAAAAAUCUAAUACAUCGAACGAUUUUAUUCUCUCUUCUCUUCUUGCCCAAUCCUAGAUUUUGGGCCCUGAUGAUCCUAGAAUAAUUUCAGGAGUUGGGUCCUGGGAAUUUCCAGGAAUUUUCUCCUAUGGUUCUCCAUUGCAUUGAAAUAAAGAUUUUUUUGGAUGAAAAGUUGAAUCUUGGAAGAUAUUAUGUCUUUAACUAGUUUGGAUGGAUGAAUCAUCGGAUGCUAUUAUAGCAGAAUUUCAGAAACUUUCCUGUUAAAAAUGAUGAUGAACUGUUCGAAGUCGAGAAAACCAUUGUCUUUGUUGAACAAUAUAAAACCGGUCAAUGGCGCAUGGUGCAGGGAGAAGGAGCUGGCAGCCGUCAAGAUCAACCCUGCUGACAUUGAUAUCAUCGCUAAUGAGCUCGAGGUCGGUUGGUGCUUCUCAUCAUUCAGCAAGAGACCUACCAAAUUUGGGGGCGAUGAUUGAAGUUCAUAAUAUAGAUAUAUAUAUAUAUAUUAUAUUUUCUGAACAUACGCAGCUGGACAAGAAGGUUGCCGAGACAACCUUGCGCGAGCACAAAGGCGAUGCCAUCGCCGCCGUUCGCCACCUGCUUCGGACGGAGACAUAA